UGCAUGUUAUAUAGACGACAGCCCUCCCCUCCCAUGUAAUGCUCCUCCAUGUGCACAUCAAACCGUAUUGAGAGAGAGGGACACACACAGGGUGAGAGAGAGAGAUGAGCAACCAUCACAGGUUCAAGCUAUCCCAUCUCAUGCCAAACUCUUGGUUCUACAAGCUGUGGGACACGAAGAAACCCAGGCCACCAAGCAAAAGAAACUGCGAAACAACAAGAAUCUCUAAGAGAUCAAGCCACUACUGUCAUGGAAGCAUCACUCCCAAACCGCUUCCAUUAUCUCCACACCCUUCCUACUCCUACUACCCAAACACAAAGCAUAAUAUGUCACUUGAUCAGAAGCUACGCCCCUCCACUCUUCAUCUUAAUCCAAAGGCAUCAGACAUCCAAUUCCCUAGAGAUCACCACCACCACCAUCGCCCAGCAAGCACCAUGGUCAUUGAUGCCAAGCACGAGUUUCAAGGCUUGCAGCUACGUCCGAUUCGCACAAGGGCAGUGCUUACUGGAUCUACAAGCGGUACAUGCCCGAGCUCACCGAGGCUGAGGAGAACAAGGUUACCUGCUCUCAAUGGCAAUAGCGUCAUCACUACUACGAGUGCUAUUGGUGGACGUAGAAGCGCUGCUAGGAGGAGCCUCGCCGUCGUCAAAACGUCGACAGACCCUCCCAGGGAUUUCAAGGAGAGCAUGGUGGAGAUGAUCGUCGAGAACGACAUGAACGCACCGGAGGAUAUGCAGGAACUUCUUGAGUGCUACUUGUCUCUCAACUCGAGGGAGUACCAUGGAGUUAUAAAGGAGGUCUUCAGGGAAAUUUGGCUUCAGAUUGUCCAAGAUAUUGCUGAAGAUUGAGAUUAUUAUGUGAGGUGAAGAUCGGUAGUGUCGACGAUGAACUGUAAAUUAUUCGAACAGUAUCUGGUUCUAUUGAUUGCAUGACUUGUGUUUGUGCUAAUUAACUCAAAAGGUAAUGUGGGAACUUUUGGCACUGCGCUUCUGCGAUGUUAGUGUAAAGGAGGUAUCAUGCAAAUACGCACGGAUGAAAAUAGUACAUAUAUUUUCAAAAUGUAUUCGACACCCAAUUCGUUUAAAGGGACACAAAUCUAUCCGUAUCUGAGUCUGAAUAUUCAAAAUUCGAUACUGUAUCCGUAUC